CCUUUUUUGUUUUAGUUAGUUCCAAGCCCUAAGUUAGUUGCUCGUUCGUCUGGCUAAAAUGUAAUUCCACAAGCCAAGCGCCAACAAGUGGAUUUUUGAUCCUGAAAAUCCGAAAAAAAACCCCCAGGCAGUAUCUAUAACAAAACCAAAACAAUAGCAUUUGACCCUGCCCUGGUUUUCGGAGACACAAGCAGCCGUCGAUAAUAUGAUGGAGGAGGACUAGGAGGAACAACAACAGCGCUAUGAUAAGCAAAUAAGCAGAGGUUGAUUCAAUUAUUGAAACGUUCAAAGGAACUGCUGCCUCGGCAUGCUGUGCUUUGACUCAGAGAAGAUGAACUGGUACUACCACGUCCUAGCUAGACGUCCGUACCUGGUUGUGGUCUCCAUUGCGGUCUGUUGCGUGGCCUGCAUAAUAGUGGCGCUCAUCCUCAACAAGCUGCCCGACUUCAGUGACCCCACCUUGGGGUUCGAGACGCGAGGCACCAAAAUAGGGAAGCGUUUGACUGCCUGGUACAAUCUUCUGCAGGAGACCGACCGACAUGGCGUGCUAUUCUCGAAUCCGUCGGUUAUCUGGGAAAAGCGCAGAGUGGAUGAGGGUUAUGGAGUGUCCCAACUGCAUCCGAAUCAUAGGCGCCGCAAGAACCAGCGGAAGCACAAAAACAAGAAUAAGCGACGAAAGGAUCAGAAGAGGCACGAGCACUCAGAGGUGGCCGAGAAGAUUAUGUUGCUCAAGAAACGCCUGAAGGCUACAAGUGCCCCAAAAAGUGAAGGCGACCGAGAUACAUGGAUGGGGGACAGCGGCGUCUUUCGGGACUACGAGAUAACUAACGACAGUGCCUCCUCCCCGCUGGAGCCGACCCGGCGCAGUGAAAAGAUCCAGUAUGGGCAUAAUACCACUUCAGUGGAUGAGGAGGAGCACCGCGAGCGCGUGCAAACUAAAAAGAGCACUUGGCGCCUGCUAAAACAGGCAGCUACACUGCCCACCGACAGUUGGGCGGACGCCCACCUGCGCCAGCCUAUAGAAGGAUACUUUUGUGAUUCGUCGCCCCGCAGGGAAUACUCUCACUUUGUGGUCCAGCGCAUUGGACCCAAUGCCACCGACUCGCUGUUUGAUUUGAACGGCCUAUUGGCUAUGUGCCAGCUGCAGGAACAGAUUAGAGACGUUCCCAGUUACAAGGCAUAUUGCGAGCCCGAAAGGUCGACCUCCGACUGCUGCCGGCCCUGGUCUUUACCCAACUACGCCGCACUGCUGGCCAACAAAAGUUCCUGUUUCGACCUAACGACCGAUGAUGUGAGCUCGCUGCAGUCCCUGCUGGUGGGCUGCUAUGAAUACUUUCACGACCUGAAGCUAGACAACAACUGCAAUGAGUACUCUCGCUGCUAUGCGCCUGAGGAAUGCAAGCGCCACAAUCUAGUCUACAACGUACUCAAUUUCCUCAGCGACUUUAGUUUUAUCAGGCCAAACAAUUCGAAUGUUUACUUAAAGUACGCUAUGAUCUUUGUGCCUGUGGCGCAGUCCAACCGUGUGCUGCCACUAUUUCAUGAAUGGGAAGAUGUAGACCUACGUAACGAGCUGGUGGAAGUGAUUGCCAUGGACUUGGGGCUGGAGAACGAACUGUUCAACGAGCUGCUGCUGACAGACGUUUGGCUGGUAUCGCUUGGCGGCCUAUUUGUGAUGGCCAGCGUUUGGCUGUACACCGGUUCCGUCUUUAUUACAGCCAUGUCCUGCAUUGCCGUCUGCUUCUCGUUGGGACUGGCCUACUUUGUCUACUCUAUAGUCCUGGAGUUUGCGUUUUUUCCCUACAUGAACCUCCUGGCCGUGAUUGUGAUCAUUGGCAUUGGGGCAGAUGACGUGUUUUUGUUUUUGAAAAUCUGGCAUUGUGUGUUGGCCGAAAGAUUUAGCAAUCGCUGCGGCACAUUGACCAACGCCCAGUCGCAGAGUGCACUGCCAGCACCAUUGGAUCAGGGCGAGCAUACGGAAACGUUGGAGAACAUCAUGGCCUUGACAAUGCGGCAUGCCGCUGCGUCCAUGUUUGUCACAUCGCUGACGACGGCGGGCGCCUUUUACGCCUCCUACAGCAGCUCCAUAACGGCCAUUAAGUGUUUUGGGAUCUUUGCAGGAACAGUUGUGGUGACAAACUAUUUACUGAUGAUCACUUGGCUGCCCGCCUCCGUCUCCAUAAUGGAGCGCCUUUUUGCAAGCAGAAUUUCCUGUCGCCAGCCGCUGCUUCAGCGGCUUAUGCAUUCCUGCAAAAAGUCAAUUAAUCGAUUCUGUCAAGCACUCGAGGAAUGCAUAACAAACAGCAUCAUGAAUUAUGCCUACAUGUGGCUGUUGCUCUUUGGUGCUUUGGGUACAUCUAGUGCCAUCAUUGUGUUCUGGUAUCCAGGACUCCAGCUGCCGGAAAAAUCACAUUUCCAGCUAUUUGUCUCGCAGCAUCCGUUCGAAGUCUAUUCCAGUAUUAAGCAGCAUUUUUGGUUCGAGAAGCCACUGCAGGUCGACGAGAACUUUAAGAUGCAUAUGCACUUUGUUUGGGGUGUCCAGGCUGUGGACGAUGGCGACUAUACGAAUCCCAAAUCACUUGGCAACCUCCAUUAUGACAAUAAUUUUAGUAUAUCCAGCAAGCCAGUGCAGCUUUGGAUCCUCGACUUUUGCCAGAGCGUGCGCCAGCAGCCGUUUUAUCAAGAGACCUUUGGAAUGUUGCUGCCCAAUUGUUUUAUUGAAAACCUCAUAGACUUCAUGAAGCGCAGAUGUAUCGAUGACAUGGAUAUCACACGGAAGGAUCGCUCUCCCUGCUGCGAUGCCCAGUUUCCGUACGAACCGCACAUUUUUGACCUGUGUCUACCACAAAGCGUGUCCAAUCUCUAUGACACAACCAUGUUCUUCCAACCUGGUGUGGCGGGACCCAAGUUUGCAGCGACCACCCACCUAGAAGAGGAUGAUUAUUUUGCGAUUAGCGGCAACUAUAGUUUGGAGUCAGUCCCCACCAAUGGGACCGACAUACCGCUCUCGGUCAAGGCGCUGGUAAUUGAAUUCGAGUCGAAUGUAGCCUACAGCACGAUCUAUGCAAACAUCAAUGAGUUCUACGAAACCGUGGAGCAUUGGUUUCAGCUGCAAUUAAACACAGCGCCCAUGGAAUUGCGUGGCGGAUGGUUUACCAGCGACCUGAAGUUCUAUAAUGUGCAGGACACGCUUUCUCAUGACACAAUCGUGGCCAUUUCCUUGGCCAUGGUCGCCUCACUGCUUGUGCUGUUGUCCUUCACCCUCAAUCUGCUCAUCUCAAUCUACGCCGUGCUUACCGUCUCCCUGAGCAUUUUCAACACCGUUGCUGUUCUCAUUCUCCUCGGAUGGCAGCUAAACAUACUGGAGAGCAUAGCUGUCAGCACAGCUAUUGGUCUGGCGGUGGACUUCAGCUUGCACUAUGGCAUUCAUUAUCGGAUGUCGCCAAUUAAGGACCGGCUGGCAGCCACACAGUUUGUGCUAUCGCGCAUUAUCGGACCGACGGUGAUGGCGGCGGCUACAACGGGCCUGGCCGGUGGUAUUAUGAUGGCAUCGAACAUACUUCCCUACAUACAGAUUGGUGUCUUCCUGGUGGUGGUCAUGAUCAUCAGCUGGCUAUAUGCCACCUUCUUUCUAAUGAGCCUGCUCAGGGUGGCAGGACCGCAGCAUGGUUUCUUGCAGCUGGCAUGGCCCGUGUGGCGCAAACGUCACAAUGCCAGCGGCAAGUUCUACGAGCGUAAACCCAGCCAGGUGAUUGCCAGUGAGCAGCUCCUGACGCCAACCAGUUCGGCCAUCGUUGAGCUGGCUAAUUCGGAGACACACGAAUUGGAAUCCCUCAACUCCAACAGCCUGAUCAAAACUAUUUCGGGCACUGAAAGUGCACAUGCAUUGGCCUCGCUGCCGACAGACUUUGAGCACUCAUUCCAAACUCUGCGGGAGUGCAAAUAUCAAACGUAUCCGUCUACAUCUAAUUGAGUUAGUUACUAUUGCCGGCCAGGGAGUUGUUGUUGCCAGUGGAAACAGUAAGAGAAGCAACUGCAUUUUAUAUACUGGGCUUGGCCGCUCGAAGGCCCUGCCCACCGAAACCCAUUUAGAUGCAUAUACAUGUACAUAUAUGUGCCAGCAUAUAUCAUUUAUGUAUACAUAUGUUAUGUAUGUUGUGCGAGUUCUAUAUGGAUAUAUAUUCUAGUUUUAUGUGUACUUGUGUACUUGGUAGAUUUAAGCAAAGCGAACGCAGAAGAAAUAGUUGUAAACUUCUCUCUUUAGUGUGCUAUUUCCAAGAGACUUCAAACGGUUGCAACAUGCUUGAACGAGUAUAUACAUUGCACGUUUGAUGCUCCGUGCCAGGUGGUGCCAGGUGAAUACAAUUUGUAAACUGAAGCAAUUAGCGGAGGUACUGGGCUCGUCUUUGUCGGUAGGACUGUACGAUGACGGUAUUAUUAGUUUUUAGCCACGCUGUUUUCCAUGCUGUUUAUGUACUUAACUGUAAUCAAAAAUAUUUAUACUCGGAACUUUUAUUAGAUGUUAAGUUGGGCCCCCCGCCUAUGCUAGUAAUACGAGUAGAGAUAUGUAUAUCCCACAGCGAUAUGUGUUGUCUAUCCUAGUUGUAUGCGUUCAAAACACAAACACACAUACACACACUCACGUUUGUAAUAACCAUGUAACUGUGAUACAGAAAAUGAGAAACCUAAAGAAAUUGGCGUUUAUACAGACAAAGAGUUAUACUAUACCCCCUAACCAUGACGAAUUGUAAUCAACUACAACUAAAAGGCUCUGUACUUCCUUCAGUGAACUUAUGUGUUGAAGUGAUUUAAUAAAUGUUAAUUGUAAAAAUUCUAA